ACCUUCUUCUUGUUUUGCCAAUCAUCUGAGUUUGAUCGAUCAAGGUAGGUAAAUCAAUCGAUAGGAUGGCGGCCAACGAUGUGCCUUGCUGCGAGUCUAUGUUCUGGGUUUAUCUGGUUGUGUGCGUGGUUCUUGUCUCCUUUGCCGGCCUCAUGUCUGGCCUUACCUUGGGGCUCAUGUCCCUCAGUCUUGUUGAUCUUGAAGUCGUCAUCAAGGCUGGUCAACCUGAAGAUAGGAAGAACGCAGAGAAAAUUCUACCGAUAGUCAAGAAUCAACACCUACUCUUAUGCACUCUCCUUAUAGGCAAUGCCCUUGCAAUGGAGGCUCUUCCGAUCUUCCUGGAUUCCCUCCUAUCCGAGUGGUGUGCAAUAUUAAUAUCAGUUACUCUAAUAUUGGCAUUUGGUGAGAUCAUUCCUCAAGCUGUAUGUUCUCGGUAUGGGUUGAGUGUUGGAGCAAAACUCUCCGUUUUAGUUCGGUUCAUCGUAAUAAUCCUCUUCCCGGUAGCUUACCCGAUCAGUAAGCUCCUGGAUUUGCUGCUGGGGAAAAGACAUUCUGCUCUUCUUCGACGAGCUGAGCUGAAAACACUGGUUGACAUGCUUGGAAAUGAGGCAGGGAAAGGUGGAGAACUAACCCAUGAUGAAACAACCAUCAUCUCUGGAGCACUGGAUAUGACACAAAAAACUGCUAAAGAUGCCAUGACACACCUGUGUAACAUUUUUUCACUCGACAUAGAUUCUAAACUCGACGAGUAUGUUCUUCUUCUAUGUCUCUCUGGCUUUAUGUCUCAAUUUAGGUUUCACUCUCAUCAAACAUAUGUUGUACGGAACAGGAAAACAAUAGGGAUGAUCAUGAGAAAAGGCCACAGUCGUGUACCCAUCUAUUCAGGGGGACCGGCAAAUAUCAUUGGGCUAAUACUGGUGAAAAAUCUGAUCAAGUGCCGUCCCGAAGACGAAACUCCCAUCAGGAAUCUUACUAUUAGAAGCAUCCCCAGGGUUCAUGAUCGUUUACCUCUCUAUGAUGUAUUGAAUCUAUUCCAGGAAGGGCACAGCCACAUGGCUGUUGUUGUUAAGAGCAAGGAUAAUAUAAAAAGAGACUGCUGAAACCAAACUUCACUCUAAUUCUAAAAGAACCAAGUCA